CCUAGUUUUCCCUUCAAAGAAAGAAAGGAUUAGAAAACUCACUCAGCAACUUUUAAAAAAACCAACCUUACUUUUUUUCUGAGGAAGGGAGGAGAAAGAAACAGCAAACCCUUUGAAAGACUUUCUUCAUCGGCAGAAGCAAGCCAGAACUCAAAGCCAAAGAGUGGCAGUUACUACUUCUUCCAUAAUCGCAACAACUACGGUCUUUCUUCUCCCUCCAAAGCUCCUCACUUUUCUGUGUUAUUUCUUCUUAUUUGAUCUCACUUCAUGCACAUCCACAGCCAUGAAGCAAAGUACAAGGCAACCGGAGAGAAGUUGGGCUGAAAUCUGCUGUUUUGGUUGCUCCUGCCUACAGCUCUUCUGGCCCGGAGUUGUCAUGCGCAAAUUGCUCAACAUCAGCCCAAGAGAUUCCGAUUACAGCGCCGACACCGACGACGGAGAGGAUAACGAUUCCGACCCCGAAUCGGAAGAAGUUUGCCAAUGGGGAAGAAAAUCACGGUUUGGAGGCAAGGAAGAGGAUGAAGCUCAACCUGACUCUAUUGAGAGUCUUCCAAGGUUCAGGAGACGGAAAUCAGAAACAUUUAGGGCACAAUAUAUAAACACAAAGGAAGUGAGAGUUUGUGUUGGUACAUGGAAUGUUGGCGGAGAAGUUCCACCUGAUGACUUAGAUAUUGAUGACUGGAUAGAUAUAAAUGAGCCAGCUGAUAUCUAUGUGAUAGGUAUUCAGGAGAUUGUACCAUUAAAUGCGGGAAAUAUCUUUGGUGCUGAAGAUAGCCGCCCAGCUCAAAAGUGGGAAGACAUUAUUCGUGAAACGCUGAGUAAAAUUCGACCUGCAAUGACCAAAGUUAAAUGCUAUAGUGAUCCCCCAUCUCCAUCGAAGUUUGAGCCAUCUGAUGAUGUCCGGACUAUAGAAGAAGAGAUGUUACUUGAAAGUGAUAGUGAUGUAGGUGAAGAAAUUCAUCCAUUAGAUGAAGAAGCUGCUGGUAUUUAUGAAGUCAAGGAUGGUUUAGCCAAAAAUAUUAGCAUGUUCCACAAUGUUGGAAUUUCUGAGUCUCAUGGUCAUACCAAUUCAAAUGUUCCAGUAGAAACAGAUCUACAGAGGCAAUAUUCUUCCCCAAAGAGGUUAGAUAGGUUGAAUUGCUUGCGGAUGGAAGAUUUUGCUGAAGAAAAAGAGGGCCCAGUCAGCCAAAAGAAUCACAAAUUAACCAAAAUGCUGAGUGGAUCUGAAAGAAUUGGUUUAAUCUGGCCUGAGCCUCCGCUAAACUUGCUAUCACAGCGUGUUUUGGAGAGACCUAAUUCCUUUAAAGCAACCAAAUCUUUCAACACAACGAAGUCAUUCAAAACAUAUAGUUCUUUUAAGUCCAUUAAUGAUAUGCCAUCAGAGAUAGCUUUUCUUGCAGAACUUGACCUGGAAUCCCUCUUAAAGCGGAAGAGGAGACCGUCAUAUGUAAGAAUUGUAAGCAAGCAGAUGGUAGGGAUUUUCCUCACCAUAUGGGUUCGUAGGAGUUUGCGUAGGUAUAUUGACAAUUUAAAAGUAUCUACUGUUGGAGUUGGUGUUAUGGGCUAUAUUGGUAACAAGGGAGCUAUAUCAGUCAGCAUGUCCAUCUAUCAGACAUUUUUUUGUUUCAUAUGCACUCACCUGACAGCAGGUGAAAAAGAUGGAGAUGAACUUAAAAGAAAUGCUGAUGUGAAUGAAAUACUUCGCAGAACACAUUUUCAUUCACCUUCUGCAAUUGAGCUUCCCAACAGCAUACGCGAUCACGAAAGAAAAAUUUGGUUGGGUGAUCUAAAUUACCGCCUCAAUUUGUCUUAUGAUAAAGCACGUGAGCUCAUCUCAAAAAAGGAGUGGUCCAAGUUGAUCGAGAGGGACCAGCUUGUACGAGAGCUGAGGAAAGGUCGAGCAUUUGAUGGAUGGUCUGAGGGAACUCUGAAUUUUGCACCAACAUACAAGUAUGAGAUGAAUUCAGAAGAGUACUAUGGAGAGGAUCCGAAGGCUGGAAAACGCACUCCAGCUUGGUGUGACCGGAUCCUUUCACAUGGUAAGGGAAUGAGGCUAGUGAGUUACAGGAGGACAGAGCUGAAACUUUCUGAUCAUCGCCCUGUUACUGCCACAUAUGUGGCUGAGGUUGAGGUGUUUUGUCCAAAGAAGCUACAACGGGCGCUGACAUUCACAAAUGCUGAAAUAGAAAAUGGGGAAGUUGUGGCUGAAAUAAAUGCUUCAUGCUAAUUUUCAAACAAGCUGCUUUUGUCAAAGCAGGAUAGCUUAUAUUGGAACCAUUGCUGGAGACUAACCUAUGACAAAGUCUUUCUAGACUGAGGGUGAGAGCUCCUGCAUCUCUGCAUAUUACCACGAGAGUUACAACCCAUACUUAUCAUAUAAUUUCUUCAUUUUGUUACGAUAUUGUAUGUCGCGGUCGUUGUGUAAAUACAUCUCUAGGCUUUUAGCAGAUAGAUUAACAGCAAUUCAGAUUGAUCAGUAUAUAUGCAUGCAUCAGUAUAAAGAAUGUAUGCAAAUAUCAUGCCCUUCUCAAGUUGAUGAUGUAAACAUAUAAUAAUAAAUAAUCAAAUGCAUGUUUGAGC